AUGGGGCGGCUGGAGGCGGGCGUAGCGGAGGAGGUGGCGCAACUGGAGGCGGGGCGCGACGCGCUGGCCACGGAGAGAGCACAGCUUACCACUGCUUGGCGCUCUUUCGAAUCCUGCCUCGUCGCAGUGCGCGCCACCAACGAGGACGAACAGUGCGCCAUGGAGGAGGCCCGCGCGGAGGGUGCGCGGGAGUGGAAGUUUUUGGAAGACGCCGCUCGCCUGACUGAGGCGUCGCGGCAGCAGGUAGAGGAGCUCCAGAACACCGAGGGGGAUCUCCGACGCUGGGAGGAGGACGUCGCCAUUCGGGAGGUCGACACCGAGGUAACGGCGGCGGACCUGGGCACCCGAGAGGAACUGCUGACCCACCUGGAGUCGGAGGCUGCCGAGGCGGCGGCAGCCACUGCCGCUAGGGAUGAGCAGAUCGCCAAGUCCGAGGCGGAUCUGGUCGCCUGCGAGCGGGCCCUGUCCGAGCUGGCGGGGCACAAGAUCGCGCUAGAUUUGGGAUCGGCCAUACUCUACCUCCACGCGGAGUGCGAGCAGUGCAUCGUGCACGGCGACAUCAAACCAAGCAACGUCGGCCAUGGAGCAGAACCCCAAACAACACAGAUCGUCGCGGGACAGCGACCAACAGCGUCGCCCCGGGCGCUGCUGAGACGUGUCCGCGACAAGCACGACAGGAACACCAUCCACGACGUGGCGGACCGGAGGCUCAACGGCGAGUUCGACGAGCGGCAGAUGGAGAGCGUGCUCGUCACGGGUCUCUGGUGCGCGCACCGCGACCGUAGCCAGCGGCCGUCCAUUGCCCUCCGGUGCGAAGGUGGAAGCCUGCCUGUGCUACUGGAGCUGCACAGCACCGGGCAAAUUCGUGCCUUGGAGGAACAAGUUUACGGCGACCUGUCGGAUGAAGGGUCUGGAUAG